AUGUUGGUUGUUCUGAUCCAAAAAGCAUAUAUAUGUUGGUGGAAAAUGUGGAUGUAGUAGAUAGAAAAAGAACCUUCAGGCGCAGAAUGUUAAUCAUCUCUGAGGCCAAUGGAAGUGUUGAUCUUGAAGAUGGAGGUCCUGUAACUGCCCAGUGGCCUCUUGCAGAUGAUCUAAUAAUCAAUUCCAAAUUACCAACUUUUCAAGGAUUUUGUUCCCUUGGUGGCAACUUGUUCACUGCUGGUGGUAUCAUGUGUAAUAAUGGACCAAAAUUUGAAUUUGAGCUGGAAUCGGAACAUUUUUUCCCUGAAAAAAUGUGGUGCCUCAAGUACGAUGGUUCUACUUGGAUUUGGAGUUUAUGCGGAAGCAUGUUCUACUACCGGAUGAAUCCCAUAGUGGUCCCAUACCAUGGCAAAGUGUGCAUCUUUGGGGGUGACACUGAAGGUGGAUAUUGGGUUGAAAUUUACUAUCCAAAAUUAGAUUUAUGGGAAAAAAGGGAAGUGUCCAAAGAUACGUAUUUGUUUCAGAAUGCUAAAUCUUACUUUUUGUGGGAGGACAGAACGAAGCCUCAUAAGAAGACCUUCGUUGUGUUUUAUUGUUCUUUUGGUAAGAAACAGCGGUUCAUCUCAUAUGAUUUCGAGGCCAACCUUUGGGAAGUCCUUUGCUGGUGGGAGUUUCCGCCAAUUCGUGAUUCUUAUCCAAGGAAACUCAUUCGUUUGGCAUGCAGUGAUUAUUUACUCAUUGUUAACUCUGCAGCUAUGUGGUACAUUUAUGACUUUUCUAGGAAGAAACUCGUGGCAGAUGUGCACGUGAAUGGUUUGGAAGAUCUGACUGGACGGGUGUCAUAUGUUUUUUGUUGCCACUACAGCAGCGAGGAAAGUCUGAUUUAUCUCUUCAUGGAACUAAAUGAAAAGGUUGUUGAGGAACGUGGUGGUGAUCUUGACUCUGUUCCUUAUGCUAGAGUCAAGCUCCAAAUUGAUGGUAAAUUUUCUGCCAAGGUUGAAUCCAAGGGUAAUCUUAAAGUUGGUUCCUAUAGCAAACUCUAUAUGUUUGCUGUUGGUGAUCAAGACACUGAAUUAAAGAGAAGAUUGUAGCUUAGCUUAGUUUUGUGCAUCAUACUAGUGUGGUGGCCAUU